CAGGGCCCUGUUCUGGAAUUCAGCUAGGGAAGUAUCAAGAACAACCCUUGUCGUCCAGACACGGCAUGCAAGGAGUACAGGUUACCGUCAUACUUAACCGUGCAGGUCCGGCCCUGAUCUCCUUUCUUGGGAAACACAACAGGUGUCACCAAUUUCCCGCCUCUAUAAUUGUACGACGCGCUCAUCUAGCCAACACAUGUCUCGGUCAAUUCCUCCCGCUAGGCAGGACCCUCGGCACAGCGGACGGGCCAUAUUCAGUAGCCCCGCCGGUCCUGGCGAUGACUGGACUCAGAUCUCGGAUCCUGCCGGCCGCAGGAGGGUACAGAACCGCCUUGCCCAGCGCAGGUACCGCGAGAGAAUCCAGAAGCGUUUAAAAGAUCUCGAAGAACGGGCGGCAACCCCCGAGGGAACAACUUCAUCGGGUAACGAGAAGCAGAGAGAGUCCGCUAGUACAAGGCGCAACCGGAAAUCCGAGAAACAGCGACAGGCGCCGCCGGCUGCGGAGCCUCAGAUGUACGAACACACCCGGUCUCUCUUUACCCUUCGCCCAGGCGAAGAGACGGCGGCUUACUCGGCGUACCCCACCCCUCCCGGAGAUGUACUCAAGCCGGAGUAUGAGGCUGUCUGGGGAUACCCACCCGUUCCGACUGAGCCGUAUCCGCAAGGUCUGAUGCUGCCGGCUCCAGCGGCGGUAUACCCAAUGACGUACUUCAACGAGCCUGUCCCGCCGGACUUGUGUUUCUCGUGCGCGACGGCCGACGACAUCAUCCAUUUCACAAGCUACAACAGCUAUCUACCGGGAGACACCAGCGUCGGGCGGCACUCGUCGUACGAACAGCUACCACAUGCAUAAGGCCCUCAUCCUUGCGCAGCCCCUGUGUGUUCAUCCGAAAUCGGUCCAUCACAAUCGAAAUUCGGCUGCUACUUGGACGUUGUUAGACACACUGUCCGAGUGGUGCUAGUACUAAGGGCUUCUGCAUGGAAAGAGAGCAAUGGGAACCGCCUUGGCGAAGAAGGUGCUAUUGCCUUAAAAUAUUUUAGCAGUCAAGAUGAAUAAGGUAGUUGAAUGGAAGAAUGAC